UGUUUUUCCUGCCUUGGGGAUCGGUGUCUUUGACUCCCGGAGGCGGGUGACAGCAGGCGCACCAGCAGGCAGGGUUGUAGCUUUGGCUGGUUGGAGUGGGUUGCGUCACCAACCUGCAAGGCUGCUUGGGGGCGGUGCUGCUCUUUGCUCAGUGACAAUCACAUAGACUGCAACAGCACGACGAGAGAGUUGAAUAGAGGGUGUGUGUGUAUUAUACCUGGCUUUCCACCCUGCUUGCAUCGCCUGCAUUCUUUCACACAUUAAUAGGGUUGGAUCCCGUUCAUUUACGGAAGCGAAAAGGGAUUUGCUCCUACGAAUUUCAUGAUCAUUUCGGCGUCGGUGGAUCUUCUGUGGGAAUCUGUCUGGAUUAUAGGAUGCUAAGAGUUUUGUAAGCAAAGCCCCUCAAGAUGAGUGCGACGUCAUGGUUCCUGGUCAGCAGCUCUGGCACCCGGCACCGCCUCCCCCGGGAGAUGAUCUUCGUGGGCCGGGAGGACUGUGAACUCAUGCUGCAGUCCCGCAGUGUCGACAAGCAGCAUGCGGUAAUCAACUAUGACUUGGCCACAGACGAGCAUCUUGUGAAGGACCUGGGAAGCCUGAAUGGGACCUUUGUGAAUGAUUUAAGAAUUCCAGACCAGACCUACAUAACCCUAAAACUGAACGAUGUGAUAAGGUUUGGAUAUGAUACACAUGUUUAUGUUCUGGAAAGGAGUCAACACAGAGUUCCUGAAGAGGCAUUAAAGCAUGAGAAGUACACAAGCCAGCUUCAAAUGAACAUCAAGGCGUCGGAUGGGAAGAAAGCAGAGCAGACUGAUGAAACGGAGAGCGGGGCGGAGUCCCCCAGGGCUAAACUGGAGAAGGGGGACCCCAAAGGACUGCCAGAGACUAGCACAUCCCGCCCCACGCCUCUCUACGGCCAGCCAUCGUGGUGGGGAGAAGACGACGCGGGAAACAAAGUGCCGCCCGCAGAUGGGACACGACCAGAGGAAAUACAGUCUGAGGGCCCGAAAGAGACGGCCAGACUUGACCCAGAAGUCAACGGGACCAUUGCAGAUUACAGGGACUCCCAGGGUAAAUCUAUCUACUCCUACCGCCGGGAGCCCAGCUACUUCGAAAUCCCCACCAAGGAGUUCCAGCAGCACCACAAGUCCCCAGAGGCCGAGGUGCACGAGAUCCCCACCAAGGACACCGACGCUGCCUCCUCCCCUGUCCCAGCCACUACGCCCCCCGUGGUCCAGAGCCAUGCCUCGUUCACCAUCGAGUUCGACAAUUGCACCCCUGGCAAGAUAAAGAUCAGGGACCACGUCACCAAGUUCUCCUUGCGCCAGCGGCAGUUUGGCAAGGACCUGGCGGCAGCCCCCACCGAGGUGAUGUCAGCGGAGAGCAAGGUGGCUGACUGGCUGGUCCACAGCGAUCCCAGUUUGAUGAGGAGGAAGCCCCCCUGCGACAAUGUGUACAGCACUAAGAGCGACCUGCCCGUUUACAUCAAGACGCUUCAAGUCAACAGACAUGAAGACGGGACCCAGAGCGACUCGGAGGACCCCAUCCUGUCAGAGAAGCCCAACAAGCAGGCCACUCCCGAGGAGGAGCCACUUCAUUCGCCUCCCGAGUCUCACUCCUCUCUCCAGAGCCAAACCAAACUGGAAACCCAGGAGUCGCUCAACCAGCAGGCCUUCGUCAUAGAGUUCUUUGAUGACAAUCCCCGCAAGAAGAGGUCGCAGUCCUUCACCCACAAUUCCGUGAACGGUGAUUCCUACUCCGCCCUCAAAGCCAAGCUGGAAAAACGCAAAGUGGCCGCAGCCACGACGCAACACACAAGCGGGCCGGUGAAGAGCGCAGCAGGCCCCCAGAGGUCCAGCUCACUCAAACGAGAGAAGACAGAAGACCGUCUCAGCUCAGGCUCCUCCUUGUUCUCCUCCCGCACACCAGUGACCGUGAAGCCCUUUGGCAGCGUGGGGAAGAAAUCCAAGCUGGCCCAGGACUUUGCGGCCGAGUUCUUGAAAGCUCAAAGUGCCACUGCUCUAGCCGUCGCUACCCCCGCCCCUGAAAAACCAAUCCCUCAGCCUGUAUCUGCUCCCCCGGUGAUGGAGUCUGCUCCUCCCCAACUUCCAACUCCCCCCCCCUCUCAGCCUGUCGCCCCAUUUUUGACAAUUGGAUCCCUGGCUGCCCCUCUUGCGUUUCCCCUUGCAGUCCGGUCCCUGGACAUGAAACCAGGAAAACUGGGCCGGAACGAGGAGGACGACAGCCUGAGUGACGCAGGGACCUACACCAUCGAGACGGAAUCACAGGACAAAGAGGUGGAGGAAGCUCGGAACAUGAUCGACCAGGUCUUUGGUGUUCUCGAGUCCCCUGAGUACACUGGAGUAUAUAGGCCCGUAAUUAAUGAUGACAAGGAAGAACAUAAUAGCUGUCGGCAUAGCAAAAGUAAAACUGUGGAUCAAAAGGAAACUCCAUUGCAGGGGUAUAACCCAGCAGUCAUUAGUGGCCCACAGAUUGAAGGAAGCGGACAGGCUCGACACGUAGGGCCGGUUCCUCCAGGAGGGCCGAAGUGGGUAUCCAGGUGGGCCAGUCUGGCAGACAGCUACGGAAACUCUGGACCCACCAGCGGCUUGCAUGAUCUGCAGCAGCACGGGGAUGUUACAGACGGAGAAAGGAGAAUCGGUCACCCGCCCUUGAUGAGUAGGAGUGCAGAACAUACAGAAUCAGACAGUACCCAGUCUGCAAGAACAAGAAGACUCCUUCCUCAAGUUCCACCCGCAGAAAAGUCUGAAAGCCCCACACCCAGUAUUGUAAUCCGGCCGGACCCUUAUCCCAACUACGAGGUUCCUGAAAGAGGGAGUGGAACACCGCGGCAGCAGGAAUCAGCCCAGAGGCUGUGCGUUCAGGAUGACCUGGAUCCUGACAGCCUGAGCGAUGCAAGCAAGUCAGAUGAUGGUUCUGCAGUGCAGAAGAAAAAGAAACACAGAACUGGGAGGGGCGUUGACAAAACUAAACCAGAAAAGCUGUGGACUGAUAACACCAAUGAUCAGAGACUAGAAGAAAAACCUGUGGUGACAGGAACGAGAGCCACCUCUUUCUACAUCGGGUCUGAAGAGACGCCUUCAAAGCAGACCUCUGGGCAUGGCCACACUGUAUCUCGAGCCGAGAGGGAGCCCGAAGUCUCUUCCAAGCCUGCCACUUCAACCGUUUUUGGGAAACAUUUGGCCAAAAUAGAUGCCAAAGAAACAGGGAAACAGUCUGUCUUGGUCCAAAAGAUCCAUUUGCAAGAGAAAGAGGCAGUGCCUACAAAAGAAUCUUCUACUUCUUUUGUCAGACAGGAAAGCUUCACCAAAGACAGACCUAGCGAUGAUGUUCCAGUAAACAAGCUCCCGCACAUUUCUAGCCAUCCAGCUCUGAAAGAUCUUGAUGUUAGGAACGCCUAUGGUACAGAUUGCAGCCAGGACACGCAACUGUUUCUCAAGGAUACUGAAAAUGCACUGGCGGCUUUGGAGGCCAAGUUCCAUUCUCAUGGACACCACCGAAGCCAGAAAUCUGAAACAUCCAUAACCCAGAUGGAAGACUCUUUGUCUGGUGAAUCUGAUGUUGACACAGCCAGUACGGUCAGCCAUGUCAGCAGCAAAAAAACUGUCGGCGCCGUGCCACAAAAGAGGUAUAUCAACAGUCUCCAAAAAGAGAAGUCCUCUUCAACGCCUUCCAUCCAGGAUCAGUAUGGCCAAACCAGCGCUCGCGAGAGGCUCUCUGAAAAGCGCAGGACGCAAGUGUCGGAGGGAGGGAGCAAAGCAGACUCGACCAAGCGGUUCCAGCUGAGGCGUAGCACCGGGAACCGGGGCUCCUUGGACUUUACGGAAGACGUCCGGAGCACCAGCCUCCCGUGCUGGCAAGAUUCCUUCUCUUCAGACCAUGAAUCAAGUUCACGUCCAACAAUGCGGAAGAAGCUCAUCGCCCAGCCCCAGAAGGAAGACCCUAGCAAAGUCCCCAAGUCCGUGGUCUACCAGGCCCUCACGCGUUCAAACAGCUUGUCAGCACCUAGGCCUACCAGGGCAUCCAUGCUGCGCAGGGCCCGUCUGGGAGAGGCUUCUGAUAACGAGGGUACCGAGACCGACCGUGUGUCUCUGAACUCGGACGCCUCUGGUCCUUCCAAACCUCAGGCGGACAGCAAGAAGCUCUCUCGGCUGGACCUCUUGGCCAUGCCACGGAAGCGAACAGGCUCAUUCACAACGCCCAGUGAUACAGAGACCUCCACGCCCAGGUCUGGCUUCUCUACUCGUAGUAUGGAAUUCAGCAACUCAGUUCGCAAGUCAGUUGCAGCGGAGGCCAAGCCCACAGCCAAGAGGACUCCAGGGGCAGGGGUAAAGCAGCCUGUCUCCAGGGGCCGGUCAAGCAGUGCCAGGUAUUCCAGUGCUACAUCCAGCUCCAGACGACGCCAGAAGGGCUCCGAUUAUAUCUCUACGUCAGACGAGGAGUAUGAGUCCAAUCAUACUUCCCCUAAACACAAACGCUCCCAUGCUUCAACAGCCACACAGACCUCCAGAGCCCAGGCUGCUGGGAGACGCAAAGUGCAGGCCAGAGAGACUGAGGAGGAGGAGGAGGAUGAAGAGACUGACCCCUAUCAGCACUGGUCAUCGCACAGCGCAGAGAUUGCGAAGCUGAGUCAGGACCUGGCUAAAGACCUGGCAAUCCUGGCCCGGGAGAUCCACGACGUGGCUGGAGACGGAGACUCCCAGAGCUCUUCCGGCACUGGGCCCAGUACCUCCCUCAGCUCUGUACCCAACACCCCCGCAUCAACCAUGUCAGCCAGGGAAGAGACAGCAUUGCCAUCAUCACAAGCCACCCGUUCAUCACAGCUGGUCCAGCACAUUCCCGAAGCCAGCUUAAACUUUCAGAAAGUCCCACCAGGUUCAACAGGGCUCAAGAAGGAACUUGACCAAAAUAUGAACGACCAGGACUUGAAACGUCGCUCUUGGAGUAGAGAAGAGGUCAUUUUGGACAACCUGAUGCUAAACCCUGUGUCGCAGCUCUCCCAAGCCAUUCGAGAAAACACAGAGCAACUGGCGGAGAAGAUGAAGAUUCUAUUUCAGAAUAGAACAGGAAACUGGGAGGAUAUUGAAGCAAAAAUGUAUUCUGAAAAUGAAGUGCCGAUUUUGAAGACAUCAAACAAGGAGAUCACGUCGAUUCUGAAGGAGCUGAGAAGAGUUCAGAAGCAGCUAGAAGUAAUCAACACUAUCAUCGACCCCAGCGGAAACCCUGACCUGGGAUCCAGAGUCUUCGCGAUUGGGGCUCCCCCAGCCAGUGCGAGAGGCAGGACCGGCCACAGUGGGAGUUCUCCUCGGGACUCCAGGUCUCCUGCACAGCGAGGGAGCUACCCGUCCUCGAACGCCAACACCAGGGGAAAGAGGGAAGCGUGCGCUGAAGAGGAGAGCUACAUAGUCUGAGCGUGUGUGUGUCUGCACAGUUGCUUCUCCCGUGAUUGGUGUGUGAUGUCUGUGUUGUGUAUGAAUGGCUGUGGAUCAAAACUUGAUAGAGUAUCGCUGUAAAUUGCUGACACAUUGCACAAAAAAAUAGCUUGCUUUUAUGAGUGGAUUGUAAAACAAUGUAUGGCUUUUUGAUUUUGUUUUAAAAAGGCAAAUUAUCACUGUGGGGCAGCACAUAGUCAGCAUAGAGGCCAGUUUGGAGAGCGGCAGCUUGUCAAAUCCUGUGGAAGAUCGGUAUUGUAGUGCCAUAUCAAUGUUAUUUAUUCAUUCUUUAUUAAGGAACAAGAAAUUCAAAAAAUGGAAAGCAUGCAACCCAAAGUGACCCGCUACCUUACUGUGUUGUGCGACCAUCUCUUACUGUUUACCAUAACCAGAAUGACCAAGUUUUGCUCCUUUACAAAAAAAAAAUGUCUUCUUAUUAGUAGUCAAUCUCCCUGUUGUCAUUAUAGAAGUUUAGCCAAAACAAUAUAGAUUUUGGGAGGCCAGUUUUGUAUAAACUGUAAGAAAUAUCAGAUUUAGCAUAUUUACAGUAUACUGAAGUGACCCCCUAUCCAUCCUGUCUCAUAAUAAUUGACAGUUUUUUGUUUUAAAUGUAUCUGUCUUACAAAAAUAGUUGGACCCCAAAAUGGUAUCCAUUUACUACAAAUGAUAAAUAACUGGGGUUGGAAAAUGUAACCCCAUGGUAUCCAUGAGUACUGCUGGUAAUCGUCCAAAAAUAGACAAAAGACAUUUCUUUUUAAAUUAUUGCCAAGUUAUUUUUGUUUUAUACAUUUUGCAAAAACAAACUCUUAAUGGCAGCAAAUCUGUGUCCUAAAUAAUGUUAUAAAAUAGAAACCGCAAAAAAAUAAGGAAACACUGUUACUGACAACCACCACUUUCAAACAGUCCCGAAUUGAUUCCUCUUUCGUUAUCUUCGAGUCGCUGAGGGUUGACACAAAUGUAUUUGACAACAUUUGGUUAAUCGCACAUCCAACAUAGACAUACUGGUUAGCUUUGAAAAAACGUGUUUUUUUUUUGUUUUUUGUUUUUUAAAUUUAGUCGUCGCCAAUUAUUUUUACCCCGGUUUUCACCCCAAUUUAGCAUGCCCAAUUAUUAUCUGUAUCCCCGGCUCACCGCUCGCAACCCCCCCGCCGACUCAGGAAACGGAGGCUGAAACACGCGUCCUCCGAAACGUGCUCCUUCCAAGCCGUCAUUUUUCGCACUGCAGAUCCACAGCAAUGCUACCAGACCUAUAGUGCCGGAGGACAACACAGAUCUGGCGGCUCCGCUGCAGAGCCACAGGCGCCCUAUCGGCCACAGGGGUCGCUGAUGCGCGGUGAGCCGUGGAUUCCCCUGCCGACCUAAGCCCUCCCUACCCGGGCAGCGCUCAGCCAAUUGUGCGCCGCCCCCUAGGAACUCUUGGUCACGGUCAGCUGUGACAUAGCCUGGAUUCGAACCAGCGAUCUCCAGGCUAUAGGGCACAUCCUGCGAGGAGCGCCUUUACUGGAUGCGCCACUCGGGAGCCCUCUGAAAAAACGUGGUUAAUAAAUAAAAAGUAUACUACUUGCAAAGACAGCACUGUUCAAUUUUCUUCAUGUCUUAAACAAAGCAUAUGAAGUAAUCUGAUAUGGAACACUUUUAUGGAAUCGUUGUGGCUUGGGGAGGGAAGGAGUUGAACAGUGACAGAAAUGUUUAAAACGUCCGGUAUAGAAAGUUAAUAAGUGCCGCAACUUAUGCACCAAUAAAUCUCUAAAACCAGUUGUUGUGGUUUAGAAAUCUGUUUGGUUUGUGAAGUGUGGGUGAUUGAGGUUGGGGUGCCAUAGAGACAGACAUGUACACUUUGUCAUACAGGGGGAAAGUGCUUCAGCACUAUUUGUUCUUUGCAUGUCUCAUGAUUGAGUCAUCCUUUAAUAAAAUAAAAAUGAUGGAAAGACUACGACACGGUUUAAACAUGACACUGCUCAGAUCAUUAAAGUAGACCCCAUCAUAAAAAACAGUACUUUGGCUAAUAACAGUAAAGUCUUAAACACUGGCAAUACAUCCUAUUACAGUACAUCCAUCCUGCAGCUAACAUCUACGUGACAUUCCAUAUCAUACAAGCUACUCUUCGGACGUUCCUUCCAUAUGGUUCCAAAGUUCUGUAGUUUUAGUUAAGGUGCUACGGAUCAGUGGACGUAGUUUGUGUUAAUUUCAUGGCUUUUUUUUUUUUUUUUUUAAGCACAUACUUGGUUUAAACUGAAGGUAUUCUGUUACAGUCCUGUAAUAUUGAAGAAAGUCGUUUUGAUGAAUGUCUUUUAAAAACCUAAGGGCACUGUUUUCUGUCUUGUUACUCAAAUACAGAGCAGUUUGCCCAUCUGAAAUGUGUCACCAUAAGAGCAUGAAGCCAAAGAGCAAACAUGAUGCUACCAGUCAUUUUCUGCCUUAAACCGUGCAGUAUUCCUGGUUGUUGAGAACAUUUUUAAUUUAUGUUGCACUUAGCUGUUGGCAGUUUCCUUUUCCUCCCUCUCCCUUGGAUUAUUCUUUUUACUCCAGUGUAGUAUGUCAUCUACUCCACUUUCUAAAAUAGAAAUAGAAGAGAUUCCUUUUCUCAAAGUCUAAGUAGCUUCAGUUGUCAUUUUAAUGGACUUUGUAGAUUUACUUUACUAUAGUAUAGUGCUUGUAAUCCAUUGAGUGAUUCUGGGUUUUGUUGUGCCAAUAUUGAGUUUGCAGUUUUGUCAAAAUCUGCCUUUUAACUAAUUGGAGCCUGCCUGGGGAAUCCUAAAUGCUGGGACUCAGCAGCCUUCCUCAUUUUAUUCAUCUGGCAAAUAGGUAUUUCAACUCUUGCCAGCUCCACCUACUGAAAUAUAGAUCAAGAGAGUAGGUAGGGUUGGCAGAGCUAGAAGGUCACAUGAGUCAGGUAAAGGCAGAUUAUAAGAAAUUAUAACUUGAUCCUGAAGCAACACAACCAGAACCACUCAGAAUGACUAUCACCAUAAAUCAGAAAAUCUAAAAAAGCAAUUCAAAUGAAAUUAGCUCUAUUCAUUUUUUACGUGCUUCCCUUAGCGACAGCGCAGGACAAAAAUAAUUAAAAGUGGGAGGAAGCUAGCAUGACUGGAGCUCACACUACUGCAAGGGAAUGUUAACAAACUGCAAAGCAAACUAGGCUUGAGGAGUGUAUAGGAUAUCCUUCUUUAGAAUAAUGUAGAAAACAUUCAUUCUACAAAGAAUUGGAUUAUAAAACUGACCAUGACUGCAGUUUCUAACAGGUCCGUAACUGCCGUGGUUCUUAAGAGGUUUAACAAUAAUGGGUGUUUUAGUAAUUUAAAGUGGAGUCACCAUCCCCUGUAUGUCCUAUUGUGCCAUUCCUUUGUUUAUCAGGUGUAUGAAAUGUAAAUGUGGAGGAGUAUGUUACAUGUUAAGUAUUUUGAUUACUCUUCUGUUUAUUAUCUGCACUACAUUAUUGGAAAGCCACUGGAUCCUUGUUAUCCACGUGUUGAACUGCACAGCGGUUUUUCCUUUUAACUGAAAUGAAUAAAAAAAAAGAGAUUGUAUAUCGUGAAUGCUCUAGUCUUAGAUCACCAAAUGUGCACUUUGAUGUGGCAGACGCCCUGCUGUGUAACCAUAACAAAAAACUGUUAAAUAUCACAUGGACCUCAGUUAGAAAUGGAGCAUUGAUUUGUACUCUAGUUGAAAUAGAAGUGAAUUUCCACCAUGUAAUUUGUAACUCAGUACUUGCAGCAUAGUAUGUGUAUAUAUUGUGUUUAACGGUGCACUGGGUUCUUUUUUUGUUCAUUUGAAACAUUAGAGAAUGUAUACUGUGUCUAUUCUGCUGCCCUGUUCUGACCUGUGUCCAUCUGAACAACUUAUUGCUCUGAUGCGGCUGCUGCUACUACCAAUGUGAGAUGUCUUCACUUGUUCCUGGAUUAAAUCUAAAUGAUGGCAGCGCCAUAGCCAUUAUAAAGAAUAGCUAUGGCACCUCUAUAAAUGUUGAUUUAAUUCAAGCGUGGGUCACUCUCUUUGUUUUUUCCUGCAUGUAACAUACAUUAAAGCUGUAUACAAAAAACAAAACAAAACAAAAUGAAACUGGACACUAUCACUUGAAGUCUGUGGAGAAAAAACAAAAACACAGCUGGUUACCAUGACUACCGUAUCCAUCAGUUUUUUUCCUCUUAUGUUUUCUUCCAUGAACAAUCUAAUUUAUUUGUAUUCCUAAGUUCUUCCUGUUUUUUGUUAAUUUUUAUUUUUGUUGUACUUUUUGAAAAAAAAAAAAGGUUUAUCUGUUAACAGAGAGGUUAUACAUAUCAUUGUAUGCAUUUUUAAGUAAGUAUUUAAUUUUAUUAUGACAAACUUGAUUUUAAUAAAUUGUUCUCGAUCACUGGC